AGAGACUGAAGGUCAGUAGCCCACAACACUGCCAGUCCUCAAUCUUAUUCCAAGCAGAAUUCACUAAAACAGAGCUUGUGCCAGAGUGAUGGCUGUGCCUGUGAGGUGUGUGUUAUGUUCUCCUCUCCUGCCCCUGCCCCUGCUCCUACUGGCCUGCAGUGUCCUCACAGGCUUGGCAGCGAAAGUGUUCCUGGAACCCCAGAGGGCGUCUGGGCUGCUGAGGACCAGGAGGGCCAACUCCUUCCUGGAGGAGAUCCGUCCGGGGAACCUGGAGAGGGAGUGCUAUGAGGAGACCUGCAAUCAGGAGGAGGCCUUCGAGAUCUUCCAGACCAAAGAGAAGACGAUGGAAUUCUGGUACAAAUAUCAAGCUAUCAACUACUGCCGUUUCAACCCAUGCCUCAAUGGUGGCAUCUGUUCGGUUGACAGACACCAGUACCUGUGCCUGUGCCCCCCACGCUUUGAGGGCCAGAACUGUGAAACAGAGGUGUUUGACUGCGAGUAUAAGAACGGAGGCUGUCUGCACUACUGCAGCAACUGGGAUCGCACCACCAGCGUCAUCUGCAGCUGUGCUGAGGGAUACCAGCUGGACGAUGACGGGAAGGGCUGCAGUCCCACAGUGAAGUUCCCUUGUGGUAAGCAGUGGACUGGUCUCUCCUCCUACCACCACUACCGCUCCCUCGACUCCAAUGACACACAGGUCCUCACCCACACACCAAAGUCAAGUCACAACUCCACUCACCCAGACGCAAGCAACUCCACCACCCUGCAAGGGGUUAAUAAUAACUCAAACAGCACUGAGCAGGGCACUGUAAGGGAUGAUGGGUACUACUACGGGGACCUUGAGGAGCUGGAGGCCAACGACACACGCAUUGUUGGGGGCCUGCUGCAGAAGCAAGGAGGCAGCCCCUGGCAGGUUCUCCUCCGUAGGUCUAAUGGCUACGGCUUCUGUGGAGGGACGCUCAUCAACGAGCGCUGGGUGGUCACUGCUGCUCACUGUCUGGCGGAUGAGGCGCACCAUGUGACUAUAGGUGACUAUGACAAGAAGCGCCCGGACCCUGACGAGCAGAAGAUAGCAGUGGCCCACUCCAUAGCUCACCCGUUCUUCCACGAGUUCACCUUUGACAGCGACAUCGCUCUUCUGUACCUGGCUGAGCCAGUCACGUUUGGGCCGUAUGCCAUCCCGGCCUGCAUGCCGGACCCCAACCUGGCUCGUCAGCUGAUGCGGGACGGCACCAUGGGGCUGGCCACGGGCUGGGGGGCCACGCGCUACAGGGGCCGGUCCUCGCGGUUCCUCAGGAAAGUGGCGCUCCCGGUGGUGGAUCAGAUGAAGUGCAUGGCCUCCACAGAACAGAUCAUCACAGACAACAUGUUCUGCGCGGGGUUCCUGAACAGAGAGCAGGACGCCUGCUCCGGGGACAGUGGUGGGCCGUACGUGGUCAACUACAGGGACACCUGGUUCCUGGUGGGGGUGGUCAGCUGGGGGGAGAAAUGCGCCGCCGUGGGGAAAUACGGUGUGUACACACGCUUAGGAAACUACCUCAUAUGGAUACGGGAGACCAUAGCGGACCACGAAAGGAAAAUGAGACAGUCAUCAUCAUAGUCUCUUGUCUGAGUCUCUUAUUUAACAAAAUACCAGCACAAUUUACGUAUUCUUCUUUACAAUUCUUCUGGAAUGUUCCAAUUCUUCUUUACAGCUUUAGUAAAAAGCAAAAAUGAGUACACCCCUUUUGAAAAGUGACAUUUUGAACAAUAUUUCAAUAAUCACACAAGGUCAUAGGUGUGCACAGGUAGGGAUGAGGUGGUGCUAAAGCACCUACCCUUUGCCAUACUGGACAAAAUAAAUACCUUUUUUUGAAAGUUCAUUUUUUCCCAAGUUUUUUUGUUACAAUAUAUGUUGAUCCAUUUUGCCACCAUUAUCUAAAAAUGCGGUUAAUACUUAAUACAAUAUUUUUGGAACUGAUGACAUCAAAACUACAUGGCGUUAGAAAGAUGGGCUACUCCAGGCUACAGGAGUGCUGCUUGUGUUAGAGAACUGCAUUCCAUUGAUGGAAUAAUAAAUACAUACGUACAUGUAUUGCUCUAUGUAUAGCGAAGAUGUUACCAUCACGCCAUGUCCUCAUUGUGGGUCAUUUAACAAUUAACAAUUCAAAAUCAAAUAGUUACGUCAAGUUUCCUUUGAUCUUUCAGUUAAUUCUGAAUUAAGGCGUUUAAAUUACGUUUUCAAAGCGGAAUUAACAUUUAUUCAGAAACAAAGUGAGUUAAUUCGAAAUUAAAACCAUCAUGUAAACGUAGCCAUUGUGUUCUUUUCCAACAUGACACUGACCCUAAACACACACCUAUGGCAACUACUGAUCUGCAGGUGAGCAAUGUAUAGACCUGAUCUGAACUCAGUGUGAAUGUGAACAUCAAUGAGUUUUGAAGACACAAAUUGGCCAUCACUCUGGGGUGUACUCAUUUCUGCCACACCAUAAUAUCAGAGACUGACAUUUUCUUUUCCGUUUCUGUUUUUCAAAUAAUCUGUGUGCUUAUUGAAAUAUUAUUCAGAAUGUUACUCUUUACUCAUUAUGGCUGUGUACUGUAUUAUGCAUGUAGAGAACUAUAUUGAGUAUUGUAAAGCAUCAUUCAGGGGUGGGGAACCUCUGUCUGGAGGGCCGCUUGCGGCCCUUGAGGUCGUUUUAUCCAGUCCCCGAUAUGAUUUGCAGCUUCACAUGAAAUAUGGCAUAUUUUGUAAAGGAUUAUUAGAAAUUACAUUUUUGCAAUACAAUGAAGUUAAAUUCAGGGGUCCUAGAGAAGGUGGGACUGUUUUAAAAGGUAGCUGCCUUCAAUAUAGGCCUAAAGUGCAAGGGGAAAUCCUGAUUUGUGUUCAUAAUACCGCCCUCAGAGGACUUUUACGGCCCUCGGAUGAAUUUGAAUGAAAAAGGUUCCCCACCCCUGUUGUAAAGCAUCAUUCAGUCUACUUGGGUGCUAGAAAUAUCACACACACUAACAUUGUGUGUAAGAGUGUAACAGUUGUAAAAUCCCUGCAAUGGGAUGUAUACCCUUUUAAAUUAUGCCAGUUGUUACUUUUAAAUUAAAAAAAAUCCUAAUCUCUUUA